AAUUGCCUUUAUGAACGAGUUUCAUGAACCCCUCCCUGGAAACCGAGACAGGCGCAGUGGACGCGGACACCAGCGGCGCACACCAUUGGCUGAGAGCGCAGCUUUACCUGUAGGAAGGUGUGCCAAGCAGACAGCAGGAUGAACUUUUCUUUGCUCUGAUCCACUUCAGGGAUUUGAAUUCAUGCUCCUGAGAUCAUGGAGCCCGUAACGUCUUGGAGCGACGAGAGAGUCGCCGAGUGGCUCAAAGGUCUGGAUGCUCCUCUGCAGCAGUACUCAUUCUCUGAAUGGCAUCUCUCUGGUUCAGAACUGCUUCAUCUUUCAUCAUCCAAACUGGAGAAACUCGGUGUGCAUAAAAUCGGACAUCAGGAGCUCAUACUGGAGGCUGUGGAAAAACUCUGUGCUUUGACGUACAGUGUUGGGGGUGAUAGUCUGCGCAGUUUGACAGAGAAACUGCGUGCAGUGGCUCACACUCUGCAGAUGAGCAUACAGGGACGCUGGCGUGUCAAUACCAGUGAUGGACAGAGCGCCACCAAGCUGUCACAACAGGUGCUGCAGGCAGUGGUGGACAUAAUUACAGAAUCCAAUGGACUUGUGUCUUUGCUCAACAGGUAUCAGUAUGCACAGCAGACUGGAUAUACAGCAAAUGAAAAAGUUGCCACUCUGUGUAAAGAUCUGGACAAUACAGUGCAUAAGGAAACCGCUGUGUUUGAAAAGGAGAAGGACAUCAUCUCCAUAUGCCGUCAGUUGGUAGCAGUGUGUGAUGAGAUUUUGACCAUUACUCCAUUGCCUCUUCUUACCCAUACUGCCCAGCUGGAGAGUGUUGACCUGGUCCCAGCCUCACCUGGAGAUCAAGUGGGAAUUGAGAUCACCACCACAGGAUCCAGAAAUCAUUUUGUCACUGGAACAGCAGCAGAGUCUCCUACAGAGAUCUGUGAGAAGAUUUUAGCGGGAGAUGAGGUCAUUCAGGUCAACGGACAGAUAGUGGUUGGCUGGAGCCGGGCAAACCUUGUUAAAAAACUAGAGGAAAAUCCAAAUGGAGUCACUCUGGUUUUGAGGAGGCAUCCAGGGUACCUGAAACGCAAGGAGAGCCGAGCCAAGUCUGAGAAAGAGGAGGAAGAGGAAGAAGAGGAAGAGAAAAACAAACAUUCUCUUUUGGGCAGGGUGGCAGCUUCAGUCCGCUCUCUGUCCUUCAGUGAGGACAUGCAAGUGAUCCGCUAUCUCAGAUCGGCGUCAGACAGCACAUACAAUUUUAGACGGGAGAAAUCAGCGCUCUCUAGUGAACAAAGCUCUAAUGAACCUCAGCCAAUCACCUUAAAGCCAGGGACAGAGUCUCAGCGAGCAAGUCGAAACAGUUUGGAAAUAGAUUCAUCUGCACGAAGGAGUCCGUCCCCACAAGGCUCAGAGCUGAAUCGAGCCAGCACAAGCUCCUGCCCUGACAUGGCAGGACUAAAAGAGGAAAAGGAGAACAAGAAGAGCUCUACUAAAGGAACACGGACAGCGAUGAGCCGUAGGAGAGUGUCCUGUCGUGAACUUGGCCGCCCAGACUGUGACGGAUGGCUCUGGAAGAAGAGAAAAGAAGCAAAUGUCUUCGUGACUCAGAAGUGGCAGAGAUUUUGGUUUGUCCUGAAAGGCCCUACACUGUAUUGGUAUACCAGCCAACAGGAGGAGAAGGCGGAGGGCUUGAUCAAGAUCGGCAGCUACAGUAUAGAAAGCGCAGGAGAACACAAGAGGAAGUAUGUAUUUAAAAUGUGCCACCAGCGCUUCCAGAAUUUCUUCUUUGCUGCUGAUAAUGUAACCGACAUGAGCAAAUGGAUUAACUGCUUAAUUGCAGCUAUUCAGAAACAUAAGAAACAUACGCAAAGUCAGCCAGACAGUGAAGAAGAAUGUUACAGUGAAACUGAAUCUGAGGGGGAAUCGUCACGUUCACCCAUUCCUCAUCGGAAGAAAGUCAAUACGAAAACUCAAACACAGUCAAACACACUUCCUCGAACAAAGGGAAAGCAGAACAGGAUGUCAGAGCCAAUAACCAUUUCACAAGCAACGGGCAGUAAAAUUGCAGGAAAUGUGGAUGAGAUGGAUGAAAUGUUCCAUAGCCUGAAGAAAGGAGGCGUGUCUCUGAUUGGACAGAAUCAGCCAACGACUCACGACCAGCUUCGUAAAUCCUUCAUCAAACGCAACAAAAACCCUGUUAUAAAUGAGAAGAUACACAUACUCCGUGCUCUCCAGAGCACACUUAAGGCGAGAGAGGCAGAACUUCAGCUGAUUAACAAGAUCCUGGAGGACUCUGAGUUCUCACCGCAGAAGUUCCGUCAGUGGAGAAAGUUAAAUGAAGAGCUGCUGCAGGACAUUGAGAGACAGUACAAACAGACAGACUCACCAAGCAUAGACACAGAUUCUAAAGAUGCCAAGGAUGAGGCAAGCACACUGACUCUGAGUGAUGGAGAACAGUUGGUAGAUUCAGAGACGCAUAACAACGGAGGUUCCACAGAGGCACAGGUGCCGAUGCAAACGCAUACCACAGUCACAGAUGAAACUACAGAGAACUACUUUUACAUAUGACACUUCGGAUUCUGCGAACACGACCAUUUCCUUCCUGUACUGUAUUAAAACAUAACAAAACGAGAACUGAAAGUGCAACACUGGGAUAAAUAUAUGGUUCCGAAUUGCAGCCAUCUGGGACAGACCACUGGCUGCUUUACCGGAAGAUCUAUCAUCUGGAGCUUCUCAAAACUACCUUGUACUCUUGCUGUACAUUCACUAUGAGCUAUCUCUGAAUUGAUGAACUGCGUUAUGCUGGCAAAAUGAACAAAUCGAACUUUAGGCACUUGCUAAAGAAUGUUGAUUAUACUGAUGUAUGAUCAAAUUUUAAAUAUAUAUAUACAUAUUUUAGAUUAAUUAUAUUAAUAUGACGCAUAUUUGUUUUUUAUGUCAAGUAUGUAAGAUUUCCUUAAAUAUGUCAAAAAAUUUUUAUGAAUGUUUCCGGUAUGUUCAGACAUGAUAGACAAGAAAGUAUUGCUUUUAUAAGAAUGUAUUCUUUUUAUUAUGUAAAAAUAUGUAUGGCAGUGCAGAUCUUGAAAACAAGUUUAGCAGGCUCAAAAACUAUAUUUCCUGAGGAAAAAGAAUUAUACCUCAUUGUGCAUAGUUUGUAUUAAAUGCCCAGCAAUGUUCAUUUCCCCAGAAUUGCCACACAGUGGCGCCCUGUGUUUUGUUCACGAGGUGUUUCACACUCCAAUCAUCUGUUCCUUUGAGUCUCCGUGUUUUUAUACCAACAGUGUAUAAUCAUGCAUAUAACGGCUAUGUUUAUAUAUGUAUUUGCAUCUGAAGCUUUAUUUUAAUAUUUGUCAAUAGUGUUUUUGUUUGUUUGUUUGUUUGUUUAUCCAAGACAAAAACUGGUUAUAAAGUCAGACAUUUUUGUCAUAAACUGAUAAACUUACUCUAGGAAGAAAGCGGUUAGUGUUAAGUGACUUUUUGUGUUUUCAUGCUCCUGACAAAGAAAAAAGUCCCAAAAUGUAAUAAUUUAUUUUAUGUUGCUGUUAAUUUGUGUUUAUAAACACAAUGUGUAAACAGAGAUGUGAAAAAGAAAGAGAGAUGUGAAAUAGAAACAUGAGAUUUGAAUGAUUUGUCAUUUGCCUUUUUAUACAAAGUGUGCAAUUAAGUUUAUGCAGCGCCAAAGCCAAUCUCACCACACCUGUUCCUCUGAAAUUGGUUUAAAUUAUUAUUAAAUAGUUUUAGCAAAAUA